UUUCUGUUCCUAUUACCUCUGUUGCCUGGCAUUGUGCGUUUAGGCCUUUAUACCCACUCUGAAUAAAUCAUUUAUUAACCACUAGAUGGACAGUUACGAUACUUUUGAAAUACACUUUAAUAUAUUUCUCACAAGUACUGUUCGUUUAUUCUUUACUAUAUAUAUAGGUAUCGAGAGUUUUGAACUUGUACUGAUGGUAUAUAUUAGUACAUAUAAACAUGAGAGCAUAAAUGGGGGUGAUAGAGCCCUUCGGGGCUUCUCACUCUUCCUUUCAGAGAAUAAAGGUCGCUCUCCAUUUUUUUUUAUAUCAAACAUUUAUAAAAUUAGUUUUUCAGAAGAAAUAUAAAAAUUAAGUAAAUAUAAAUUAUUUUAUAAUAAUUAUAUAGGCUUUUAGACGCCGGCAACCGCCUCGGAGUCAAAACGUUAAAUGGGGAAAGAGGCAGAGAAGAAAGAAACGCUCAGCCGCGAACGUAGCCGAGUGCGCACAGCGCAACGGCUCACGCCGAUCCCAGCCGAGCACGCGCGCCUCACGGAUAAACGAAAUGCGAUGUGUGCGUGAGCGUGCCCGGGCUUGAAAUCGCACCACAGAAUCCACAGAUCACACUCAUCAGCUCAUCACAGUGCCUUCUCACGCGUGUGACAAAGAAACAAAGCUCCCUCAAGGCGGCUCAAGGGAGUAAACGUUGCCAAAUGUUGCAUUGCCACGUUUUGACAUAUUCUCUUGCUAAUAACUGUGAACACUUAAAUGCAGUCAAUGCAAUAGAAAUAACCUCGAUAUUGAUGGAUUCUAUCCGUUAAAGUGUCAUAUAUUUCAUUUCCAAUAAAAUAAAAAUUAAAUUAACCGAUAGGUUAGAGGCGAAGCUGUGUACUGCUGUCUAAUCCGCAGCUGCUUUAUUUGCAUAAAAAAAAUGUUUUUGUGCACAAUCCACUCAAAUCAUGUCUGAUGCCUUUGAGGAAAUACAAGCGAUCAAGAUAAAGAGGAACAGCUAUCGCGAAAAAUUACAGAAAAGAAAACGCGAGAGGCAUGAAUUGUACACGCUCACUUCUACGCCGGUUUCAUCCACCUUGACAGCGGAGUCGACGUGUCCUGAUUCUAAUGCAUCUUCACGCUCGGAUCACAGCGAAUAUGAAAGAGAUGUACUUUGCAUCUUGCACGAGUCCUUGCCUAAUCUACCAAUAACAUCCGCAGACUUGAUAGACCAACUACGUAAAAAUCUCAAUGCUGAUGUAUCUUCUUCGGAUAUUCACAAGAUUCUGGAGAAGCUGGCUACACAAGAUAUAGUUAAAAUCAAAGAAGUUACGGAGAAUGGAGUAUUUGGGUAUACAGUGUUGUCGGUAACAGAAUCCCAAUCAUCAUGUCAGUCUCAGUCUGAUGAUACAGAAAAUGCUGAAAGCAUAGAAAUGUCUAUGUCCGAAUUGAAUGAUCAUGUGCCUCUAGAGAAGCAGGCAAAAGUGGAUAAGAAGAGCACUGAGGACAUCAUGUCCUUGAUUUCAAUGCCAACUAUUAGAGAGAAGGAGAGUAAAAAAGUUGGCGAACAGAUCUUGGAUCUGCUAUCCAAACAGACUUCCAAGGAAAAAUCGUUGGCAGAACGAUUUCGUUCUCAGGGAGGCGCUCAAGUCAUGGAGUUCUGUCCGCAUGGCACAAAAGUAGACUGUAUGAAGUUGAACGGUGGUCCAGGAUUUGCAGAAAAGUGUAAAAAGUUACACUUUAAGAAGAUCAUACAGAGUCACACAGAUGAAUCACUGGGAGAUUGUAGUUUUCUCAAUACCUGCUUUCACAUGGAUACAUGCAAAUAUGUUCACUAUGAAGUAGAUGGUCCCACAGCUCAACCAAAGGAAAUCAAUGACUCUGAUAGUCCAAGCAAUACUGCCUCCAACAAGACAUUGAACUUGGAUAGUAAAAAUGGUAGCAGUAGUACUGGCAACGUGGGUAGUGAAUUGACUCUAUAUCCGCCACAGUGGAUUCAAUGUGAUUUGCGUUACCUUGACAUGACUGUUCUUGGCAAAUUUGCUGUGAUCAUGGCUGAUCCGCCAUGGGACAUCCACAUGGAGUUGCCUUACGGCACCAUGUCGGACGAUGAGAUGAGACAAUUGGGAAUUCCGGCGCUACAGGAUGAAGGACUCUUGUUCCUUUGGGUAACUGGGAGAGCCAUGGAACUAGGAAGAGAGUGCCUGCAGUUGUGGGGCUAUGAGAGAGUCGAUGAAAUCAUUUGGGUGAAGACUAAUCAGUUGCAAAGGAUAAUACGGACUGGUAGGACAGGCCAUUGGCUGAAUCAUGGCAAAGAACACUGUCUGGUCGGCAUGAAAGGCAAUCCUCGUAUCAAUCGAGGAUUGGACAGCGAUGUAAUUGUCGCAGAGGUUCGCGCUACUAGCCAUAAACCUGACGAGAUCUACGGAAUUAUCGAGCGUAUGAGUCCCGGCACAAGGAAAAUCGAAUUGUUUGGUCGACCGCACAAUGUACAACCCAAUUGGAUUACCCUAGGCAACCAAGUGGACGGUGUUCAUUUGAUUGAUCCGCAACUUAUUAAAGCUUUCAAAAAACGUUAUCCCGAUGGAAACUCGAUGAAGCCUACCAAGUCAUAAAAGAUUAUCCUCAAUCAAUAAAAAGUUGAAUAGAAAGAAUAAUACAAUCCAAUUUCUGAAGAAUUUAAAAAAUAAAAUCUUAAUGUUGAAAAAAUGUAUACCAAGCUUUUUUUUAAAUGGUUUAUCUUGUUUACAAUGUAUUGAAUUCAUUAACAGAAUAACUUUCAGACGUCAUCGUUACAUUCUCGAGUAAAUAUUUAUUUGCUAAUAUUUUUCUUUUAGAAUUUUUUUUAUAAGUUGUAAUUAUAAUUUCUUUAGAUAUAUGUAUAUUUAAAAUCUUUCUAGAUAACGAUUGUCGAUAAUAAAUUGAGGCCAUUUUAUUUUUAUUAGUUUAUUGCAGAAAUGUAUAUAAAUUUCAUUUACCAUAUAAAUAUAUGCUAAUAUAA